UUUUUUUGAUCGCUGUCUUCUGUAUUAACGCUCCGUUCUUUCGUGAUUGUGUAUAAAAUAGAUCACUUUUUCGUGUAUAAGCGCAUCACUAUUCCUUUCGAAGCGUUUUAACGUUUGUUUGAAAUUUUGUAACAAAACAUAAACCAAUUUGACGUUUGGCGUUUGCCGUAAACGAGGUAAACGAGAAUCUAAAACUCUAUUAUUACAAUUACUUCCUCUCGUGGAUUAAAAAAACAGUUCUGACGAUUCGAUGACCGCGCUGAACCUAAUAAAUAAAGAUGAUAUUCCACUAUAAACUAUCAUAAAUUUGUUAAAUAAAACUUAUCAACGAAAACUUCGACAAUUAUACUGCCGUGAAUAAAAAUAUACGCUAAAGAAAAUAACUGAACCCUAUGCUUUGGUAUUAACUUAUUACUUUAAACAGCUGUAUUUGUGCCUUCUCAAUAAAUAUAAAUGUAUUUUUUAAUAAUUUUUAAUGUAACUAAAGCAAAAUUCAAAACAUAUAGCAAAAUAAUAGUCGAAAGUUCUUAUUCAGCAGCAUGAUGAAUAUAGCUAGAGAAAUACGAGUGUGGCCUAGUGCUGCUUUUAAUAUUGAUAACUGAUCCGGAGCUUUUUCUGUCUACAGCAUUAUCAGAGGCAAGUGAAUCUAUGAUAAAUACAUACGAAGCUAUACAUAUGGUAAUAGAAAAGCAGAAAUAUAUUUGAUGUAACAAAUUUUUAUAAACAAUAUUGAAUUAUUAUCAGUUAUUUAUAUCACGCUUAGCCAGGCUUUUUGUAAGGAAAAAGAAAGAAAAAAAGGAAUCGGGAACCAUGCUAAAAUCCGGAUUCCGAGCGAUUGGAUUCCAGAAUAUAUAGCUCACAGGAUCUUUUCUGGAGCGUGGCAGUUUCGGCGAAUGAUAUGCAUUACAUCAUACUGGGGCCAAUUCAACCCUGACACAAGCUAAAUGAGUUGAGUACAUUCAGAACAUUCAAAGUCGUUAAAAGGUCCCCUGCCAGUGACCCUUUGCUUGGCUGUGUAUGUUUCUGUUUUACAAGAAGCACUUAUCCGUCUAAUCAAGAGACAUACGAUGCUUGUAAUUUGUGUCCUUGUUCUUGUGGUUUUUACUCAGCAAAUUACCCAAGCUUCAGAAGCACCAUCUAUCAUAGCACAMCCAGAAAAUACAACAGCAAAUGAAUGGGAAACCGUUACAUUACACUGCAAUGUCAGUGGYAAUCCAGAACCUAMCGUUACGUGGUGGAAAGACAAYCAACUCCUUUCUAUAUCAGGAAGACUAACCCAAGACAGCAGUAAUAAUUUAACAAUAACAAACAUCACUAGAGCUGAUAAAGGUUUCUACUAUUGUAACGGUACUAACAACGUCAGCUCUACCGUGUCAAAUUCGGCGUACAUCACGGUUAACUAUCCACCGUCGAUCAAAUCUGCACCAAGCAAUGUUACCAAGAUCGAAAAACAAAUUGCAACUUUCAAUUGUGAUAUAGACGCCGGCAUCCCGAUAUCCACAGUAACGUGGUUGUACGAAGGUGCACUUAUCAAUACAAGUGAUGGCUCCAUGAAGUACAGUGUUAUUACCCCUUCGCCAACAAGCGAUAAUGUUAUAUCGGCAUCUUUAACGAUAAAUAAUUUGAAGAGAGAUGAAGCGGGGACUUACCAAUGUAAAGCUGAGAACAGCCUCAACAAUACAGAAUCCGAUCGUGCUUUCUUGGUUGUACAGUUUUUGGAUCAGCCAAUGCUCACAAAGCAGCCAUCUUCAGUCGUACCUGUAGAAAACAGCAAGUUCACCCUCACUUGCAUAGCUGAGGGCGAACCAGUCCCAAGUAUUUCCUGGUAUCGUGAUAGUCAACCCUUUGGAUCGCUAGCGCCUAAUGUAACAACAAAUCUAACAACCAUUACAAGCCAACUAAUAUUCAGUAACAUAAAACGCGAUGAUAAAGGCCAAUAUUCCUGUAGAGCUUCUAAUAUCGCUGGCAUAAAAAAUUCUUCUGAAGUUACUGUUAAUGUUCACUUUCUAGAUCAGCCAAUGCUUACAAAGCAGCCAUCUUCAGGCGUACCUGUAGAAAACAGCAAGUUUACUCUCGCUUGCAUAGCCGAGGGCGAACCAGUCCCAAGUAUUUCCUGGUAUCGUAAUAGUCAGCCCUUUGGAUCACUAGCGCCUAAUGUAACAACAAAUCUAACAAGCAUUACAAGCCAACUAAUAUUCAAUAACAUGAAACGCGAUGAUAAAGGCAAAUAUUCCUGUAGAGCUUCAAAUAACGCUGGCACAAAAAAUUCUUCUGAAGUUACUGUUGAUGUUCACUAUCCACCAUCGAUCGAAGCUUCGCCACAGAAUGUUACCAAGAACGAGAGUCAAUCUGUGACUUUCACGUGCACAGUGUCGGGCUAUCCAAUCCCAGACAUAACAUGGCGGUACAGCGAUGUAAAGAUCAACACAAGUGAUAGCGACAAGUACAGUGUUAGUGGCCCUUCUUCAGCAAGCAGUAGCGUGGCAUCUUUAACGAUAAAUAAUUUGACGAGAGAUGAAGCGGGGACUUACCAAUGUAGAGCUAAGAACAGCCUCAAUAAUGCAGAAUCCGAUCGUGGUUUCUUGGUUGUACAGUGUAAGUAACACUAUUUUGCAAAAGGCCUCUACAUGCACAUA